AUGCCGUAUAAUGACAAAACACAUAUUCCAGGCGCGAAAGUUGAAUAUUUUGUUGAAACACGUUUAAAAGAAACAAAUGAAGAACAAGAAUUUGGCUUGUACGUUACAUGUGACGGGAGACGGCGAAUAUCCUCUGCAUCGUUCGUUGAUCAGAUACCGACAAUUAUUGUUGUGCAAAACUCGUAUUCAGAAUUAACAAUAAAAAAUGUAUUAGUACAUUUACGUGUGGGAAAUCAAAAAGAUGAAUUGAUUGGAACAACAAAUCACAAACAAAACUAUUCUAUUGGAAUGGUUUAUUGUGCCACACAUGGGAAGACAACAAUCGUGGACGAUCUUUUUUAA